AUGAAAAAUGAUCCAAAUUUAAAAGAAAAUAAAGAACAUCAAACGGUAUCAACACAAUUUGAUAUGAAACACUUCAAAAUCAAUAAAUUGAAAAGUCAUCAUUUUGAGGAUGAAGAUACUGCAGCUUGCUUAGCUAACGUAGAUCCGGCGAAGAUAGAAGCAGUUAAAAAGAGUAUUAGGAACAACGACGGUAAAGAUGAAUACGUACCUGCUGAUCCUCGACGCGUUAAUGAUGAAGAUAUUAAAAUAGCCAAUUGUCUUAAGAGUGAAGCUAAAGAUAAUGAAGAAUCUAACGAAAAUUCAGAUAAAACCAAGUCAGUAAUCGAAGCAAAAGAAGAAAAGAUCAAUAAAGAAGCUACAAAUGCUACAGACAAUAAUAUAAAUUUAAAUACAGUAGAAGAAGAUACACUAAAUCAAAAACCUGCUAGAAGAGAUACAGAAUACCAAUUUGAACCGCUGGACUAUUAUGACGAUGAAACGGUAUUUGACAACACGACUUGCCCUGAUAAGGUGGAGGUUAUAGAACUACAACUGAGCGAAGUGAAGAGAUAUGACCUGGAGUGUAGUAUGAUCACGCAUUGGACAGGUCUGUCUGAUGCUGAUCAUAUGUAUCGAUAG